CGGACCCAGCCAGGCCGAGCCGAGCCGGGCCGAGCCGAGCCGGACCCAGCCAGGCCGAGCCGAGCCGGGCAUGGCGCCGCUGGUGCUGUACCACUGGACGCAGUCCUUCUCCUCGCAGAAGGUGCGGCUGGCAAUAGCCGAGAAGGCGCUGAAAUGCGAGGAGCGCGAUGUGAACCUGCCCCUGAGCGAGCACAACGAGCCGUGGUUCAUGCGCUUGAGCUCCUCUGGAGAAGUACCCGUCCUCAUCCAUGGGGAAAACGUCAUUUGUGAGGCGACGCAGAUUAUUGAUUACCUUGAAGCAACGUUUGUAGAUGAGGAAGUACCAAGAUUAAUGCCAGAAGAGGGGAGCAUGUAUUAUCCAAGGGUGCAGCACUACAGAGAGCUUUUAGACUCCUUGCCUAUGGAUGCCUACACACAUGGCUGCAUCCUGCACCCCGAGUUAACAGUGGACUCCAUGAUUCCAGCCUAUGCUACCAGCAGAAUCCGUAGCCAAAUAAGUAACACAGAAUCAGAAUUGAAGAAACUUGCAGAAGAAAAUCCAGACCUUCAAGAUGCCUAUAUAGCAAAACAGAAGCGCCUUAAGUCUAAACUGCUGGAUCAUGAUAAUAUAAAAUAUCUAAAGAAAAUACUGGAUGAACUGGAAAAAGUUUUGGAUCAGGUUGAGACUGAAUUGCAGCGGCGAAAUGAGGAAACACCAGAUGGGAAUCAGCCUUGGCUCUGUGGUGAUUUCUUCAGUCUGGCAGAUGUGUCACUUGCUGUCACAUUACAUCGCCUGAAGUUUCUGGGAUUAGCAAGAAGAAACUGGGGAAAUGGAAAGCGGCCCAACUUGGAAGCUUAUUAUGAGCGUGUUGUGAAGAGAAAAGCAUUUUACAAAGUUUUGGGACACGUCAACAAUAUAUUAAUCUCUGCUGUCCUGCCAACAGCGUUCCGUGUGGCCAAGAAAAGGGCUCCCAGGGUUCUGGGCACCACCCUGCUGGUCAGCAUGCUGGCAGGGGUGGGUUACCUUGCUUUCCUCUGUCUUCGGAAGAGAUUUGCCAACAUGGUGCUAUCGAUUAGAACCAGGCAAAAUUAUUUUUAGACAUUGUCUGUCCCUGGUGGUGAGUGGAGGGCAUCUCUGCCCUCAGGAAAAUAUCUUCAAUAAAAUAUAAACGUAGAAGAACGAUUAUGUCUGCGAAUUAGAACUUUGCCACAGAGUAAUCAUCUCCUGCUGCUGUUUAAUUGGGUUGGCAAUGCUGAGAUAUUUUUCAAAAAUAUUUGUUGGGAGUACGACAAAGGAAAGAAGAGAUGUACUUUUCAUCCAAGGGACUAUAACUCUGACAGUGCUUUAUUAAAGUGGUUAUUGUCUCCUAUACCCAGUAGCUGACCUAAUUAAUAUGCUUUUAUUUAAUAGAUAUGCAGCAAUGUGACAGCUUUUCACUGUAGAUGAAAUGCAUUAUUGUGAAGAAACCAGCAUUGUUAAAAUACUGAAAAUAGCUCUUACUUUAAAUGCUCAGAGUAAGAUUUAAUUGGAACAUUGUGCCUGUUGUGUACAGGACCAAGUUUCUCUGUACUGAUUAUUGUCUACUAAUUUGCAGUUAGAUCUCUAGGAAUGUGUUAAAAAUAAUCUUGUAAAGCCACUUUUGUCAGUGUAUGUUCAAGCAGCAGUUCAGGAAAAGACCUGAAGCAGGUAAGAGCAUCAGUGAUUUGUCUACCACGCAAGAGAAAUUCUCCAGAGUCAUCACUGGACAACAGAUACUACAAUUUUGCUGAAAAUACAAAUGGAAGCGAACCACCUGACACUUGUAUUUUGAAAGCCUUUUGGGCUCAGCCUCAAACUCUGGCAGAAUCAAAUCAAACUGUCUCGGUGCACAUUUGCUGCUUUCUUUGGAGUGGCUUAAUACGGUUGCCUCCAUAUGAGUGUCCCUUGUACUGUUUCACUCUGAGCACUGGCUAUUUUUUGCACACUUCUUGGCAACAUUAGCAAUUGUAUGUGUCUGUAUAAAAUGCUUGCCCACAACGUGCCACAACCAACUAUAAAACAUAAGCAGAGCAACACCUUUUUGUAUAAGUAAUUAAAAAUAGUUCACUAUCUAUCAGUCUGGUUAGGUAGCCUAGAUUGAAGGUAAAGGUGUAAUUUAGCAAUCUGUUUAAAUAUGGAUAGGGUAAUGUUGAUGCUAAGUGAAAAAUACAGAAAGUUUGGAGACGAUUUGUACUGCUAAUUUUUUGCAAAACUGCCCUCUUGUUGCAUGGAGGAAAGGUGUAGAAAAACUGUUUGAUUACUUCCUAUUACUCAAUAGAUGCUGUGAGUUUUAUUAGUUUUGAACUGAGCUCCCAUUUCAACAAGAGAGGUACAUUUACCUGAAAGUGGACUUGGAAUCCUUUUGCAUCAAAAAAGCAUUUGGGAAGGGCUGAAAAAUUCUCAUGACAGUUUAGUAAGACUUUUGUAUGCUUGAUGAAUGUUUGAAAGCCUCAGAGUUUUGUUUACAAGUUGUACAUGGAUGCAACAAACAAAGCAUAGCUUUAAGUGUUUGCCUAUCAACAAUCAGUGCUAACAGGCCUAAGUACAUUUUAGGUCCAGUGCUGGUGGGUGUGGUCUCUCUGCACAAUUGCAUUUAGGUGUCAAGAAGAUCAUCUCAAGUUUGCUGGAGAGAACUGAGGCAGUUUCUGUCUGGGCAAGCUCACCAUCUAGUAGGUAUCAAUACAGAUAAAAUUAUUGGAUACUCCUGCUUAUUAUUUAAUAUUGUGCUAGUUGUCUAGCAAAAGUAGACCUAAAUCUCAUUACUCCUUUUCAGUAAUAAGAAACAUCUUACCUAGGAAACAAUGUGCUUUUUCAUUUGUAAAAAAGACAGUUUUAUAUAAUUCUAUUUCAUGAUCCAGUGGUCCUCAAGAACUUGUUGAAUUAAAUGUGCUCUAUUUGGAAAAGAUUUAUUAUCUCUAGAGUGGGUUUAAUCCAACAAUACUAUUAAUGUACUGGCAGCUUUAACUGAGUUUGCUGUUUGUGUGUUGCAGUUCAUCUGCAUUUACUUGUAGCUAUCAAAUUCCACUAAGUUAAUAAACACAGAGUAAGACCUGUAA